AGAUGGGAGACUUUGGCCUUGCAAUGGAAAACCCGCAUCCAAAUCCAGCGUUCUUCACGCCAGAAAAAUUCGAUGCCAACUAUCGUCCAUACGGCACGCCAGGAUGGAGGGCACAGGAACAAACAACCUUCGAACCAGAUAGAGGGGUACGAACACAACCGAACAGCGCCACAGACAUCUGGGCCAUCGGUCUCGUAAUUUGGUCCAUGAUCAAGUUAAAAUUAAAUCCCGACAACAUCGAUGAUUGGAAAAACAUGCAGCCCGAGGAACAGCGACGACCAAGCGACUUCACCCAAGCAGAAAGAUCACGAUACGGCGAAAAUUUGUGUGAUCUGAUCAUGAAGUGUCUAGAAUUCUACCCUAGCAACAGAGCGACAGCAGAAACAGUACUGGAACAAGUUGAGAGGUAUACGAGCGGUGCAGAAGAUGAAGUCGAUGGAAUUAGGAAUCUUCCUGCGCAUGACCGGAGAUGGAAUAAAUAUUUGGUCAAGUUAGAGUACGAUAAGUGGGCGAGAGGAAGGGUGUUGAUGGAGACUUUGGAUGAUGAAGAAGGAGAGCUUGAUCAGGAUGUGAUUGUUCCGCCGAGAGGGAAACGGAAAUUUGAUGAGAGAGGGAAGGAGUACUUUGAUGACGAUUCCGAGGAUUCUGAAGAUUAUGGUGGCCGGCGUGGGAAGAAAUUGAGGGAGGCGGAAGACAGUGAUGAGACCGAGUCUGAUGAGGAAGAAGAUUCCGAUGAGGAUGACUAAAUUAGAUUACAGACGUGUCGAGCAGACGUGAUGGCUCGUCAUGGCUAAAUGACAGGCGUUGUCGAGCGUCUGGCUUCCAAUGCAGCAAUAUCGUGUCUUCUGUUAUUAGAUGGUGGAAUGCCGCGGCGGCCCAAUCCAGCAGAAGGACCAAGACAGCUGCGAGUAAGACCAUUUUUCCGAUG